GACAUGAGACAGUGAUGAGAGUGUGGGAGUAGAUGUGUAGCGGUAACCGUGCAACUGCAGAAAACCCCAAACCCUUGUUGCUUUCAAACUACUACUCUCCCCGGCCACGCGCUCCUCCGCGCGUUCCCUUCGCCGCUUUCUCUCCCUUCUAUAACGUGAACAACUGGGACAAGUUCCUCUCUCUCUCUCCCUCUCUCCCUCUCUCACUCCAACAAAUAACAACUAACAAUUUCUUCGCCUUCGAUUUAUUAAUUCAUGCUCUUCGGAGCAAAACGAUUUUCACGCUCUCAACAAAACCUCUCUUCAUUCUCCCAAGGAGUUGUUUCCUUUUCUGGUAAAAAGGAAAAAUUAAGAAAAACACGUUUUGAUUUCACUUCUCGUCAAUGCGGACUGCACAAUGCGUGUGGAAGAGGCUGUUGAAUCGCGAUGUGAAAGGGCCGUUUAAUCAUAGUUAAUGGAUUUAGAAGAGAAGUUCCUGGCUAAAGGAUGGCUCGAGACUUAUAUCUGUCCUAUUCAUGAUAGCUUAUAAUCUGGGUGUUUAGUUCAAAAUCUGUGCAAUCUGUCUGGAGGAACUUGAUUCCAGUUUCUGGUGUUCAAAGCCUUUCUUCCAGUGUGCAAAGUACUCCAGAAAAAAAUGGCCAUUCAGAUGGUGCUUCAAAAAGUUCAGAACUCCUUCAACAGUUCCUAAAAUGUGGUGUGAAGAAGGAACUUCUUCGCACGUGUUUUGAUAAGGACAAAAAAAACAUUUCAAUUAAAAGCAGGAUGACUGAAACUAAGUCAACUGCGAAGAUGAUUAAGAAACAAGACACAAAAAAGGUUUCUAGUUUCAGCCACCAGCCAUCUAGAAAGCAGUCUCGGAAGGGUGAAAAUCCCACUCGAGUCAUACCUCCUUCUGACCAGUCUUCUGAUUUUGGCCAUUCAAACACUUGGAUCUGUAAAAAUGCUGCUUGUAGGGCAGUUCUGUCUAUAGAUGACACAUUCUGUAGAAGAUGCUCUUGCUGUAUUUGUCACCUUUUUGAUGAUAACAAGGAUCCUAGUCUUUGGUUGGUAUGCACAUCUGAGUCUACUCAAGGGGACUCCUGUGGGUUGUCUUGCCAUAUUGAAUGCGCCCUUCUACAUAAGAAGGUGGGGGUUGUUGAUCAUGGGCAACUGAUGCAACUAGAUGGUGGUUAUUGUUGUGCAUCCUGUGGUAAAGUUACGGGGAUACUCGGAUGUUGGAAGAAGCAGCUAAAUAUUGCUAAGGAUGCCCGACGUGUGGAUGUACUCUGUUACAGGAUAUAUUUGGGCUACAGGCUCCUGGAUGGAACCACAAAAUUCAAAGACUUGCAUCAAACAGUACAAGAGGCGAAGGCUAAGCUGGAGACAGAAGUUGGCCCUAUGAAUGGCGUUUCUGCCAAGAUGGCUAGAGGCAUUGUCAGCAGACUCCCUAUUGCCAAUGAUAUACAGAAACUCUGUUCACUUGCUAUUGAGAAAGCUGAUAGCUGGCUUGCCACUGUUCACAAUGUAAAUUCAGAUUCUACAGGGGGUUCACUUCCUGCUGCUUGCAAGUUUGUUUUUGAAGAGGUAACAACUUCCUCCGUGAAAAUCAUUUUAAUUGAAUUAUCAAAUAUAUGUUCUGAGGAGAUCAAGGGAUACAAGCUUUGGUAUUACACGAGUCGGGAUGAAUCACCCACCAAAGAUCCUGUUUCCGUGUUUCCCAAAUCUCAGAGGAGGAUUUUGAUAUCCAACCUCAAGCCUUGCACAGAAUAUACUUUUCGGAUUAUAUCUUACACAGAUACACGUGACCUGGGUCAUUCUGAGGCUAAGUGUUUUACCAAGAGCAUCGAGGUAAUUAAAAACAAUCCCUCUCCAUCUGUCGCUAUGAAUCAUGAAAAAGAGAACCUUCUAUCUAGGGGCAAUUCUUCGGGAUCGAAGAUGGUGCCAAAUGACGCAAUGGGCAACCAUGGAUUCAAGGUUCGAGACCUUGGGAAAAUUUUGCGUCUUGCUUGGGCUCAAGAACAAGGUUACUUGGAAGAGUUUUGUUGUGCCAAUACGAAAAAUUGCUGUGGUCAGAGUGAACGGUUAGAUAAACCAAGAAUUCCAGAGGCACAGUUGCCCUCAGUUUCUAGAGGCCUUGAUUUAAAUGUUGUUUCAGUUCCUGAUUUAAAUGAAGAGCUAACACCUCCUUUUGAGUAUUCUAGGGAUGAAGAUAAUGGUUGCUCUUUGUUGCAAACUGUGGAGGGGGACGAUGAUGCAGCUUCUCAUGAUCUAGAGAAAAAUGGUUUAGCUAGAUCACAUGGGAGUGGGGAUUCUCAAACCUGGACCCAUGGGCCAACAGGAGAAGUAUCUGCUGUUGAUUCACGCGUAGAUAUGUGCAGAAAAAGGAUGGCAAGCGCAAUGGAAGAGACACAUGAUUGUGACAGCACUUUAAUUAACGGUUCUCCAUUACGCAUAUGUGAUGGUUCAUGUUCCUUGGAUGAGAACUUUGAGUAUUGUGUGAAAGUAAUUCGUUGGCUAGAAUGUGAGGGUCACAUUAAACAGGAAUUUAGGUUGAAGUUGCUAACAUGGUUUAGUUUAAGGGCGACAGAGCAAGAACGAAGGGUGGUUAAUACCUUCAUUCAGACUCUUAUGGAUGAUCCGAGUAGUUUGGCUGGGCAACUGGUAGACUCUUUUUCUGAUAUUAUAUCAAACAAGAGGCAAAAAAAUGGAUUCAGUAUUAAAGCCGGGGCAUCAAAUUAAGGGUGAACCCACCAUACAAGUUUGUCAUUUGCUUCAAGCUUUCCAUUUUAUCAUUUUCUGCCCAAAAAAAAUCACCCUCUGAUUGUUUUUCGUUGUACGGGCAUUUUCUAAAAAUUAAUCCAUCUUCCAAGGGAUUCAUUUUUGUUGCAGACAGGUUUGUCUUGCUCAAAGGAUUUGCAAUGAUGGUUGCAGAAACAGUAACUCAUUUUUCCCAGGAGGGAGGAUUUAUGGACACGAAGUUUCAGGAUGUAGGGGCAUUCAUUUCUAAAUUGCUGCAAUUGAUUUUGGUAAUGAAUUUAAUUACGGAAGAUGUUAGUAUUGAAACUUUAUUCUCAUGACCUUUAUUUGAAGAAGGUACAUGAUUCAAUUGCUGAUUUUAUUUUUAUGUCAUUCUUUUGA